AUGCCGGUGGAUAGUUUGGAGCUGGAGACAUGCUCCUUCUCGGUGCAGGGCUCCACCUUCGAGGUGCCAAAGCGGUAUCACAUAGAUGAGCCCAUGAGUCACGGAGCUUAUGGCAUAGUCGUAUCGGCUGAGGACAAGGAGAUCGAGGAGAAAGUUGCGCUCAAGAAGAUCGAGGGUGUUUUCGAACACAUCACGAUCGCCAAGCGCACGCUCCGGGAGCUCCGGAUCCUGCGACAUCUACAACACGAGAACCUCAUGCAGGUCAAGAACAUUUUUAUGGUGGGCUCCAGAUAUACCUUCCAGGAGCUCUAUGUCGUUUCGGAACUCAUGGAGACCGACUUGGCUUCUACCUUGAGGUCUUCUCAGAUGUUGACAGACGAUCACUGUCAGUUCUUUUUGUACCAAAUCCUGCGUGGUAUGAAGUACGUGCACUCGGCUCAGGUCAUUCACCGGGACCUGAAGCCAAGGAACCUGCUGGUGAAUAGCAACUGCGACCUCAAGAUCUGCGACUUUGGCUUGGCCCGAGUGCGCUUCUCCGACAAGGAGUGGGUCUGUCCCAUGACGGAGUACGUUUGUACGCGUUGGUAUCGCGCUCCAGAGGUGCUGUGCUCUUGGACAGACUACUCGUGUGCUAUCGACAUUUGGUCGAUCGGCUGCAUCUUGGCGGAGAUGUCGACGCGCAGGCCGCUUUUUCCAGGGCAGAGUACUCAAAACCAGCUGGACAUGAUCAUCGACCUUCUCGGCUCCCCUGAUUCUCAGGAGCUCAUGAAGAUUCCCAACGAGAAGUGCCGGAAAUUUAUCAAGUCGCUGCCGGUCCAUGCGACCAAGAGCUUUCCAGAGGUCUUCAAGUCAAUGCCAGAACCUGCGGUAGACAUCCUGAGGAAGAUGUUGCGCUGGGACCCUUUGAGUAGACUCACCGUGGAGGAGGCCAUCUCGCAUCCUUAUCUGGACAAAUUGCAUUGCCCCGAGGAUGAGCCCACCAGGGAGCCCUUGGAUACGACGGACUUCGAGUUCGAGAGGCGGAAGAUUACGCUGCCGGCCCUUCGGGAGGAGAUUUUUAGAGAAGCUCUGGAGCAUUUCCCAGAGGUAAAGGAGCGCUUCGACCAGGAGAUUCGUUCCGGAAACGAGAAGCCCCACGACAUCCUCCAGUAUCGGCUCCUACUUCCCGGGGAAUCUCAGUACUCGUCAGAUGAAGAGUCCGGUGAGGACAUUUGA